GAUCGCGACGAUUGUCUGAGCCCGAGUGAAGUGACCGAACUGCUUGCUGUCUGCCCAGAAGAUGCCCAACUGAUGUCUGCCGGUUUUGAAGAACUAGGGGUGUGUGUAGAAACGAAUUCAAUGGGUUGGAUUACGCGUAGAGGCUUCAUGGCACACUGGGCGCUAACGGCCCUGUUGGAGCCCAGUCGCGCUCUGGAGUACCUGGCGUACUUGGGGUUCACCUAUCAGACGGGCUACUGUUACCUCUCUAACAAUACUGACGCAAAUAGAGGCCUCUCCGGUGAGGGAGCAGACAUGGCCUCCUCCGUAGCUGCCGCAAGCUCGCCUUAUGCGUCGGAUGCGCCGUCAUCGCAGAUGGUUACCUCGCCUCUGCUCACCCUCGGCUCUAUAAACACCGAGGGCGAUUUCCUCCUCCGCGGCAUCACUGUCACACCAGAACGACGACUGGAUUAUAUUCGGCGGCAGACUAAUCGGACUGUGUUCUACUGUCGCGUUUACGGUGCACGAAAAGUUGGCAAGACAUGCUUGCUGCAGGGCCUUCUGGGUCGAAAUUUGCGCGGUCUGGAUGGUUGCGGUAUCGGUGGGAUGGCGCAUCGCACCUCCAACUGGGCCGCCGCCACAGGCAUUCCCGUCUAUAGCCAACCGCGUACCCUCGUCCUGCACGAGAUCAAUGCCACCAAUGGCGAACAGAUGAGUGCCUCGGAGGCCUUGUCUGCCGACGUGGCCUGUCUCGUCUAUGAUGUCACGGACCCGGAGUCUUUCCGUUACAUAGCCAAUCUUUACCUGGUACCUUCUCGCUCUACUCUUUUUCGUCUGUCAUGUGUGUGUGUGUGA